GGCUCGUGAGUUCAGUGCAGAACAAGAGCCAGCUAAUAAUAGUACUAUAUCGAUGAAUUGACCACUGUGUACAUCGAUAUAACUACCGUCAAUAUUCGUUUGUUUCGGAAUCUCACAAAGUUAUCACCAUGCCAGAAUUGGAAAAUUGUGAAAACGAACAAGUUUCUCCCCGUUUACUCAAAGACUCUCCAUUGUUAAAGAGACAAUGUCUACAGAUGAGACACUACAGAGUAAUCUACGGAGAUAUUGGACUACUGCCAGAGAAUGUCCAGUCAUACGUGGAAGAGAAUGUGCGUUUGUGUCGACCAGAUAAUGUACAUAUUUGUGAUGGAUCUGAGAGGGAAAAUGAUUUACUGACUUAUGUUCUACAGAAAGAUGGAAUCUUAAAGAAACUACCUAAAUAUGAGAAUUGUUGGCUAGCUCGUACAGAUCCAGCAGAUGUGGCUCGAGUUGAACGUCUUACCUAUAUUUCCACUGAACUUAAAAGGGAUACUGUACCUACACCCAAAAAUGGGGCAGUCUCCCAAUUAGGUAAUUGGAUGUCACCGGCUGAUAUGGACAAUGAGCUGAACAUAAGAUUUCCAGAAUGUAUGACAGGUAGAACAAUGUAUGUAAUACCAUUCAGUAUGGGACCAGUUGGGUCACCAUUAAGUAAAAUCGGGAUACAACUCACAGAUUCAGCCUAUGUGGUAGCCAGUAUGCGAAUCAUGACUAGAAUGGGUUCCAAUGUUUUGGCUGCUCUUAAUGGAGGACAAUUUGUUAAAUGUCUGCAUUCAGUUGGAAGACCUUUACCUUUAACAGCACCAGUUCAUAACAAUUGGCCAUGUGAUCCUAAAAUGACAUUAGUAGCACAUUUUCAAGAACGGAAUGAAAUUUGUUCAUUUGGAAGUGGUUAUGGUGGAAACUCCUUACUUGGUAAAAAAUGUUUUGCUCUUCGAAUAGGCUCAAAGCUAGCCCAGAAAGAAGGAUGGUUUGCAGAACACAUGUUGAUUUUAGGGUUAGAAAAUUCCAAAGGCGAGAAAAAGUAUAUAGCAGCUGCUUUCCCGAGUGCUUGUGGAAAAACAAAUUUGGCUAUGAUGACAUCAUCUUUACCAGAAUAUAAAGUGACAUGUGUUGGGGAUGAUAUCGCAUGGAUGAGAUUUGAUGAAAGUGGUCAACUUCGAGCAAUCAAUCCAGAAAAUGGUUUCUUUGGUGUAGCCCCAGGUAAUUGCCUAAUUAUUAUUUUUCAACAAUAUGUUUUGGAGGACAGGUUUACAAAUCAUCUAAUGCAACCACACCAGGCCUGUUGA